AUGCCACUCCACGUCCUCGUCCUCUUCCUUUUCCUCGUCACCACCAUCUCUCUCACUCCUCCUCCAACGCUCUCACUCUCAACCUCGCCGCCGCCGCCGCCACGGCGGUCCUUGCCCUUAGUCGCACCGAUCCGGAAGGACAACACGACCCUCCGAUACACCCUCUCCGUUUACCUCAAGACCCCUCCCCAGCGCCUCGACCUCCUCCUCCACCUCGGCGGCCGCUUCUUCUGGGUCGACUGCUACAGAAACUACUACUCCUCCUCCACCUACCGCCACAUCCACUGCAACUCCUCCGUCUGCUACCCCUUCGACGCCGUCGGCUGCGGCUACUGCUCCGGCCCCCCGCCCAGCCCCACCUGCUCCAACGACAGCUGCCUGUACUCACCGGAGAACCCCCUCAUCCUGAAGGUCGGCCUUGAGGACGCCCUCGUUGACGCCCUCGGCCUCCCUUCCACGGACGGGUCGAGCGCGGGGCGGGUGGAGGUCGUGCCCAACUUCCUCUUCUCCUGCGCCAGGCCCGACCUGCUCGCCGAAUUCCCAAAUGGGACCUCCGGCCUCGCCGCCCUCGGGUUCUCCAACGCCUCUCUUCCCGUGCAGGUCGCUAAGGCCCGGUCCCUGCCACGGUGCUUCGCGUUGUGCCUGUCCGGGUCGCGGUCAGCGGCGGGCGUCACGUUUGUGGGCACGGUUGGGCCCUACAACUUCCUCCCCGGGAUAGACCUCUCCAAGAAUCUCUCUUAUACGCCGAUCCUCCUGAACCCACACGGAGACACCUUUGUCGUAUACGCGCCGAAACCGGCGGCUGAGUACUACGUCAACGUGACGGCUAUCAAGGUCAACGGGAAGGCCGUACCGCUGAACGCCACUCUGCUGGCGAUCGACCAGAAGAGCGGUCACGGCGGGACCCUGAUCAGCACCCUCGUGCCUUACACCACGGUCCAGACCUCCAUCUACGGGGCGGUCGCCAGGGCGUUUGCGCGGGAGGCCUCCACCGCAUUCAACCUCACUGCGACACAGCCGGUGAAGCCGUUCGGCUUGUGUUACUCCGCCAGACACAUGAAUGUCACCCGCGCAGGCCCAGCCGUGCCGGCGAUCGACCUGGUGAUGCAUGGCCAGGACGCGGUCUGGAGGCUGUUCGGGGCGAAUUCGAUGGUGAGGAUCCAGAGGAACGGGACGGACGCGUGGUGCCUGGGGCUCGUGGACGGCGGGGCCGAGUUCCGGGCGGCGAUCUUGAUCGGAGGGCACCAGAUGGAGGACAACCUGCUGCAGUUCGACCUCGGGAAGAUGAGGCUGGGGUUCAGCUCCUCGGUGCUGGUGCCGGGUACCACCUGUGCUAAUUUCAACUUUACGACCGGCAAUCAUGCGUGA